UAAAAUUAAUAACAUCGUAAUUUGUAGAAACAGCCUCCGUCUAUAUCAGUUAACGUAUUGGAAUAAGUAAUUUGUGUAAUGUUGCAGCUAUAAUGGACAAAAUUCCAGACCAAAUCGGUUACCUGGUGCUUACAGAGGACGGGGCUGUCCUCGAGUCUGGUGGGGAGCUGGAGAAUGACGAGCGAGUAGCUACGAUAGUAACGGACCUUAUCAGCUUAUCAAACAAGGUUGAUCCCGUAGCGUUUUCUCCAAACGAGCAGUUCAAGAAAAUAUCCAUUACGUACGACGACCACUGGUUCCUAAUUUGUAUGUCCAAUAAGAAGAUAUAUGUGGUUAAAAGAAACAUAUCUCUUCCUGCUAGUGAACCUAAUUCAGUUGUUGUUUGA